AUUCAAUUUAUCAACAGCCAAUAGUAAGAGACCAUCUCUCAUUGAAUUUAUGUAGAAAGUAGCAAUGGUUCUUUAUUGAUCGCCAUUAAUGCUUGACCUUUGAGUUUUCGUCUUUUCCGGAGCCUUCCUUCCUUCCUUCCUUCAAUGGCCGCAACGGUGCUGCAGAUGCUUUUCUUUGUUCUAAAGCAACCAAGCUCCACCUAAAUCACGAAUUUUCUCAACGCUCUGAAAGUGGAGAAACAAACAACUCGCUUGCUCUACUUCUUCAAUCUCCAAGCGUUUCAAUGAAAACAACAUGUGGAAAUUUUUAGAAGAUUGUUCUUACUAAGGUAGAUGGUCGAAGUUGAAAUUUCUUCCAAGAUUACGUGGCUCUGUUCCUUCUCUUUCUCUGGUUAGGGUUUUUAGUGCGUUGUCAUUGCUGGAAUCUCUGCUCUGCAGCUUGCGGUUGAGGUUGCUUUCUCCAGUUUCUUCGAUUGCGUUCUCGCAAGUCGUUGACUAGAAGCAUAGAAUGAGUGGUACUUAGAGAGACUCCCAAGUUUUUGUAGAUUAUGUGGUGGCUGUUGGAUUAAUGUUGUUCAGAAUUUGCGCACAUAUAUUGUUACUUCAGUAAUCGUUCUACUUGCAGAUGACUUAUGGCAAAUGUUGGUGAAGAUGAGCUUGAAUGGAUUGAAAGAGUGAAAUCAGGAGGGAAUGUUCCAUUUCUUGGUGCAAAUGCUGACCAUUCAAAUUGUUGGGGUUCUCCCCAUGGGGACAAGUUCCUGGUGAGAGGUCCAGAGUAUUUUUCAACUAAGGUGAAAGUUCCUGGUGGCGAAACGCUUCUAAAACCUCUCGGUUUCGACUGGAUAAGGAGUUCUGCAAAGAUUGGAGAGAUAUUGAACCAUCCAAACAGUCGUGUUCAGAAGGCUAUUAAGGAUUCAUUUCCUACAGGUCCAAGGCCUUUUAUCUGGGCAUUUAAUCUACAACUUCCAAGCAAAGAGAAUUACAACAUUGUCUCUUACUUUGCAUCCACAGAGCCCAUUACCAAAGGCUCCUUGAUCGACCAGUUCCUUAAAGGUGACGACCAAUUCAGAAACUCGAGGCUUAAAAUGAUUGCUGAUAUUAUAAAAGGUCCUUGGAUUGUCAAAAAGGCUGUUGGGGAGCAAGCGAUAUGCGUGGUCGGGCGUAUGCUUUCGUGUAAAUACAUCGUAGGUGACAACUUUUUUGAAGUUGACAUCGACAUUGGAUCGAAUAUUGUGGCGAAGGCCAUGUUUCAUUUGGUGUUUGGUUACUUCACAGCCAUGACAACUGAUGUAGCGUUUCUCAUUGAAGGCAAAACAAAAUGUGAGCUUCCUGAACGACUUCUUGGGUGUUUUAGAUUCUCUGAUCUGAAUCCUGGUUCAGCUAUGCCAAUGGAGCCAUCUAUUUCGUUGGAGAGUGAUGCUACCAGUCUGCAAUCUUCUAUGGCUACAGGGCCGUGGAAAUCAGUUGGGUAAGGUAUUUCUACUUUACUCAUCGAUUAUUGAUUAAGAUUUGCUGAGCCAUCUAUUUCGUUGUAUAUUUUAAUACUCAAUGCUCCUGUCAUUUAUCCUGAUGUUUCUCUUUGUUACAACUUGUACUUAAUUUGAAAUCAGCGUUAUUUCUCAUGUGUUUAUUUUUUUUGUGGUCAAA